GAAACUAUGAGUUUGUUUAUGUCAACAGGUUCAAGGUGUCGUCCACUCACUGUGACAUUCAGCUAGAUGAGUGUCUCUACAGCUUUUGCAGCUCUGCUGUAUGGGUGAGCUUUGAGAGGCGGGGCCUGAAGGGCAUCCGGGUGGAGAUUGGCCGCUUGUUCCGCUCCGACAGCUUUAACUCCGCCCUGAACGAUCAGUGUGAGGACGUGGAGCCCCGACGCACAGCACUGAACAACAGGAAGUCAGAGCGACGCCCGGCGCUGAGCAAGAUCCUGACCCAGUGUUCCCCUCUGAUGGCCUCUCUGCUGCCCACGCCACAGGAGAAUGCCCCGCACCUGUUUAGGCGCUUCAGACGUGGUAAACUGCCCUCGACUGAACGCUGUGAUUCAGAGGCUCUGAUGGAUGGGCUAAAAAAGCAGCUAAAGUCUCUUAGCUUUGGCAUUCUUGGAAAGCCUUUGAGCCAAUUCAGCUCGAAGACACUGAAGCCCCAGGAAGGCCAGAGUGAAGAGGAGGAAGAUGAGGGUAACGACAGCGGUCUGGUGAACCCUGACCCACACUUACACAUCAAGAGUAGGAAAACCUCUGCCACGGGCCAAAGAUCACUGACCACAACUGCAGACAGACACAUCCGCUCGAGGCGAGUUGACCUAGUCUCCAGAGCAACCACUGAAGCAGUGUCCUCAGACACAGAAUAAAUACAAAGAUCUGUCAUGAAACUCUAGAUGGCGCAGGCUGAUACCUAGACCCAGUCUGCUUGCAAUCACAUCAUUCUCUACAGGACAUAGCUGAUUGAUCCCGCCAUAUCAGUAGCCAAUGAGCUUGCUGCUCAACAUUCAAAUACUUGCC